UUCGUUAAAAAAUAAGCAUUUUUGAAAAAGUUAUGAAGAAGCAGAGUCAGUAGGAUAGAGCAAAGCAAAUGAUAAAAUCCAUUGAUCAGCAAUAAUUUAUUGAAUUAUUUAUAUUGAAUAACUGGCUCUGAUACUUUUUGCUGUCAAAUUUCAAGUCUAAAUUUCUGAGAGGCUGGUUUGUCCUCUAUGUGGUCUAUCAACUUACUAAAUAUAACAACCAAAUUUCCUUCCAAUUACAUCCUUAAAAAGUAAGGCCCCAUUCUAUAAUAUGGUCCUAGGAUGCACCAUGUCUGAAAUAAGAUAGGAACGUCACAGUUGGAAUACCUUUCAUCAAGACUGACCUGAGAUUAAACAUCAAGCUAUUUGGGUGUUGUAGUAUUUCCUCUUGGAUUUGAAACUGUGCUGUACCUUCAGUUUGUAAAGAUAUUGUUUUUAGGUGUAGAUGUCACUUGCAGUUAAGAAGUUUGCUUCUAACUACAUGGUUUCAGGUUCAGUCCCACUGCAUGACACCUUGGAUACUUAUCUCAAAGAACAUGAUACUUCUAAAAACUAUUUGCCAAAAAUGUUCCAAAAGAGUUUCCUUGCAAUUCCUUGGCCUUCUUUACAAAUCAUCGUCUGUUUCUACUUUGUGUUUCAAAGAAUUUCAGAACCAACUAAAGAAAUCCGUUGGCUUUCAAAUAUCUUCCCUCCAUCAGUACUUACCAUUUUAUCAGAAUCAAAACAAUUUGGUCCAAGGAAAAAAUCAAAAAGUUCAGUUCUUGAAAAAAAGUUAUUCUUCCCUCCAAGAAGAUAAAUAUACCCCAGUUUUUCAACGUCAAGAAACUGAAAAUGAGCAUUUUUAUAAUUAUUUAUCUCAUAAUCAAGAAUAUCAGUCAUUCUUUUUACCUCGAGUAUAUAUCAAACAUUGUAGUCAAAACCAAGCUACAGACUUGAACGAUUUUCUUCAUAACUUUCAGACAUAUUCUCCAACACAGAUCCUUGAUAAAUUCCACGAUUUAUCAAAAUUCUCAGCAGAAAAGCGUCAUAAGUUAUUCACAAAUGAAAUAUUUCUUGAAAUUUGUCGACUUCUGAUUGACCAACUGCCAAAAUGGAAUACUGAGCAAUUAUUUCACUACAUGAACAUUAUAAUUCAUUUGGAAUUCCGGUCCAGCUCAACAAAGCAACAACAAAAGAUUGGUGUCCAAAUGGCUAAAGUCAUUGAUGACCAAUGUGUGUUACGCUCAAAAGAUUUUACUUUAAAGCAAUUUUUUCAAGCAAAUGAUUUCUUUUUUUUACUCUAUUAUUAUAGAGCAUGUAAGUUCAAACAUACAUUUUUUGGAAUUAUUGAAGACCGGUUAUUAAAUAAGCAUGAAAUAGUUCUUAGUUUGUUCUAUGCCAAUCUUGCCCGCAAAAUGCCUCUGGAAAUUACUGUUCAAAUACUUCAAUGUCUACCUUCAAUUUCAGAAAGUCUCUCUAUUGAAGAAACUGCAAUUAUUUGUCUCGGAUUUUUCAAAACCAAAAAACAAAUACGUAACUCAGAUUUUCUUGAAGCCUCUGCAAAAAAGCUUAAUGAAAGUCUUGCGCAAGCUGAUUCAUUAACUGUAGCUUCAAUAUUUAAAGGUUUCCAAAUAUCUUGUUCAAAGGCUGUAGAUAGAACUAUGUUGCCAUUAUUCAAUGAGCUGGAUGCCCUGAUAAAUCCCAUCUCUAAACACCUCCAUCAAUACACUUACUCAACAUUCAUGCACAUCAUACUUUUUUUCCAUAACAUUCAUUUUGUCAGUGAUGAAUUUUUAGCAAAUGUAAAAAAUCGACUUAAUUUUGAAGAGUUUUUCAAGUACAGAUUGAAAGAUAUCACAAAAAUCUGCUUUUCUGUAGCCAAUCUUGAACCAGUUUUAGGACCAGUUCCUGAGUUUUGGGAUAAGAUACUACAGGAACUGGAGUCUGGAAAGCGAAAGAAUGAAAUUUUACAACACCCUCAAUGUUUGUUAAAUAUUUUAGUUGCCAUGACAUUUCUAGAUCUUUACCCCUUCCAACUCAUUGACUUCAUCUUCCAACCUAAAAUGCUGGAACAAAUCCAUGAUUUAAGAAAAACACAAAGACUUGACUUACGCCGUGAACUGUUUCAUUUAAGUGAAAGUGUCAAACUAGAACGGCCCAACUAUACAGGACCGCUUCUGCCAGACAAUUUUCUCAGCACUUUAUCAAGGAAUCAUGAGGUGUUUUGUAAACUGCCUGAUCUGAAAUCUCCAGAUUUGUCACACCGAGAAAGUCUACUUUUAAAGUUUCUUAGACAACUUGAUACUCUAAUUAAUGAUAACGAGAAGUACCAAAUCGUUUGCUUCUUGCCUCAUUUUCAAACUGCAGACAUAGAGAUGCAGAUUGGUCAUGAUGGCAAACUUCUACCUCUCAAUCAGAGGGUUUUAAAUGGUUUUAACUCCGUUAAUAAAAAUAAUGACCGAAAUAAAACCACAACAGCUCUGAACAGCCUCCUUCUGCAGAUGGUUGGGUCUUCUUCUUCUGUUCAAAGAGUGGCUCUCUUAGUGUUGGGCCCAAAUGCCUUUUGUCGGUUUCACAGUAACAACGAAGUAUCCUAUGUUCUGACAGGCCUUCACAAAGCUAGAAUUCGCCAGUUGAAGAAAAAAGGUUUCAAAGUUAUUGAGGUUCCCUUCUUUGAAAUCUGUGAAGGCAAAGAUAAAGUGUAUAGGAAACUAACAACAGCAUUUUCAGAACUGACUCACUAAAUACCAAGAAAUAGGUUCUACAAACUUUCUUUCACCUGGAAAGAGCCCCCUCAAAAAAAAUCUGUUUCUUUGAACAUUGUAAGUUAAAAUUCCUAAUCUGUUUACAAUUCAGUGAUUGGGUGAGUAGCCAGUCAUUAAACAUUUGUUUUCCACCAAACUGGAAAUAAUUCUUCAUUAAAAACAAUUCCAAGGUUAUGUAACAUGUAAUGAAAAAAAAUGUGGUAACUGUUUUCUAAAUUUUAUUUAACCCAAUUGUUACAGUUCAGAAUAUUAUAUUGUUAUAUGUGUUAUUUACUUCUAAUUACAAGUAUGGAAACCCACACUUAUACACAUUUAAUGGUAGUAACAUUACAUUAAUUAUAAAUUAAAGUGGACUGAAGACAUAGCUUUGGAAAUAUCCCUGCAUCUGUUUGGGAAAAUGUGAGAGUUAGAGUGGCUAAGAUGGACAAAGCUUGUUUUGCGAUCACUUAGUUGUAGGUUCUAUUUCACCAUACAGAUCCUUAGACAAAUAUCUUUCACUCCAGCCUUGGAUCAGGCCAAUCUUUGUGGUUGAAGUUGUACAUAAACCUGUCAGAUGGACUAUUCUUGAGUGAUAGUCUUGUUUAACACUGUCCAAUGCAUCUAUUUUUUACUACAAAUUUACAGUGUAAUUGCAUUUUUUUUGUAUUCAGUAACUGAUAGAUUUCUAACUAUUAUAAGUUUGAUUGUUAUCAUCUCAAAAUUUUAUUGUUUGUGUAGUAAGCUGCAAAAUUCUUACAUUCUCUCAAUUUCCUGUAAUUCAGACCACCUGAUGGUCCAAGCAGAUAAAAUGGAAAAAGUGUUGCCUCAGAGGAUGGCUAGGGUGAUGUGCUGGAAUAGCCACUCUGACUCACAGGACUCACAAUUGCGGAUAGCAAUCAACAGGGAUGUGGUGCAGGGGCUAAGGAUGCUGGAAGUCUCCAUUGUCACAGGAUUGUCUAUAAACCUGUCAGCAACCAGUACUGUAAUAGUUUGCUUUUCUUAAUAUGACAAGCAGCAGAGCCUGGACUGGUAGCUGAACACACUAAGUUGCUGCUGGAGAAGGUGUCACAGCAUGUGACAUCCCAGAUGAGGGACCUACCACCAUGGAAUGGGAAAAACUGUCAUACACUCAGGCUUUCUACUAUCCCCUUGACCUCCCCCCACCAGCUAGUGCUGGGAAGGAUAGCCUUUAUGAUAUCACCACCAGGUUCGCAGUCCUCUGCAGAAGCAUUGUACAGACAUAGUUGUUCCCAGUGUCAUCUCCAUACUGGGCCAUAAGGAAAAACCUUCUUGUUGAAACAGUGAGUACCCAAAGACUUCAUGCCAACUGCUGCUACCCAUCGGUGAGGUCCAUAGUACAGUGCAUAUACAGGAUCACCAGUGUUGUACUGUUUGGUUACCUUGGCAACACCUCCUGAGUCUGUUGUCAUCUCUUCCUUUGGUGAUACCUUUGAUUGCUUGCCCUGAGCUAUGUGUGCAAGAGAGGGCAGCAGAGAGUGAAUCCUAGUCUGAAUCUGCUGGGACAUCAAGAGUUUGCUUGGAGAGAGUCCACAGGAUGUCCGCGUUCUCUGGUACUGCAUCAAAAACUCUUGAAGAACUUGUUUUGGGAGCACAGAAAACUUUUCUCAGUACUUGCUUGAAUGCACCAAAUGUUCUGUUGCUCCAUUAAUAGUUAGAUGGUAUGGUGUACCUGUCAGGUGUGUGAUCCCACAUUCUUUGCACCAAUUCUGAAAUUCUUCAGAAAGGGAAGUUGAUGCAUUAUCUGUGACCAGUGUGUGAGGAUAUCCGAAGUUAGCGAAGUCCUCUUCCAGCUGAUCUAGACAGCUUUAUUGUUAAUAGUACAUAUGAAUCUCUGUCGAAGAGCUUCAUCUUGAGGGUCAGUGAUAGAAGGAAAGUCACAAGUAGCAGUGAUAAAUGAAGGGAAACAGACAACCUGAUAUCCUCCCCACCUUCACUCCUUCUUUCUCCCUUAGUCAAUCACAGCAUGCAAUCUGUCCAUAUAUGCAUUGGGGUGGAGGGAUGAAUAACCGAGAUAGGGGAUGGAAUGAUGGUCAGAAUUUGAUAAGUUCAGAUCUUAAGGUUCGUUUAUUCAUU